UAGUGUGGAUUAGAAGUAGCCUACAAAUUUUUUGUCCAAAUGUGUGCUAGACUGGAUUUGAACUCAAGAUCUUUUAUUCUGGUACCAGAUCGGCUCAGGUGCAGGAAGCCCUACAGAUAGUAAAAUGUAGGGCAAAUAAAAAUGUGACACCUGUCCGGGUUAGGCCCACCCAAUCCUUCCCAAAACAAACAUUUAAUCGUGAGUACGUGAUCGUUGAAAAUUGGCUAACAGAAUGAUGAAAAUCAGCUAACAGAAUGAUGUACCCGUGGAAAUACCUGACUCGCCAUAUCUCUUUGCCGCGAACGCAUAGUUCUCGCCUCAGUCCUCACUACCGCCUAUUCCUCUCUAGAAGAAAGAAAAGCAAAAGAUGAGCGAUCAACAACAAGAGGAAGAUCUAGAAGAAAAGCAAAAGAUGGGCGAUCAACAACAAGAGGAAGAUCAGAAUCCUCGUGAAGCUGAAAUGAUUGAAGAAGCUCCAGUCCAGCUUUUUUCUAUAACACAGAAUCAAGAAAUGAGAGAUGUCGAAGACACAAAUAGAAACACCACUAAUGAUUAUUGUGUCAAAAGGUUAGAGCCAGUAAUUGGCAUGGAAUUUGAUAAUGAAGAUAUAGCAUAUGAGUUCUACAACAGGUAUGCAGGAGAUAUUUGCUUUAGUAUUAGAAAAUUUUGGCAUAAUAAAUCUUUAACAAAUGUGAUUUGCACGAAAGAAUUUGUAUGCUCAAGGGAAGGUUUCAAUAAGAGGAAUCCUUCGGAUGCAUUUUCUUGCUCAUGCAAAAAGUUUGAAUUUGUGGGGAUACUAUGCCGCCACACAUUGAAAGUGUUGGACCAUAACAACAUCAAGGAGCUGCCAUCCCAUUACAUCUUGAAGAGAUGGACAAGGCAUGCAACAAAUAUAGGUACGUCACAGGCUAAUCAAAAGUGUUGAAUGCUUGAAAAACUUAUACUGAGCCGAACUGGUGCUUGCUGCGUGGGGAUGGAGGGAGUGGGAUUAGGUUGGUUGCUAUAUGGGUUGUGAUGGGUUUACUGUUGGACUGAAAGACCGGAGCUGGGAAAGGUCACGUAUGGGGCUGGGCCAGGACGAGUAGGGCUGGACCAUGGGAGGUUGAGAAAAUCUGAAAAAUAUAUAGGGCUCGGGCCCAAGCAGCCACCUAAGAAUCUCUAGAUCUUCACCUCAGUAGGUGAGCAGGUCAGCCAUGAAAGCCAGUAUCGACCAUACCUGCCCGCAGGUACAGAUCGACUUGAUUACCUAGCCGGAUGCAGAGGUGGCGGAUCGUGACGGUGUGCUGCAUGGGUGUCAGCACUGGCCACCCGGCGUACGGUGUCCCUCAGCCUCAUAUCGGUGCGGCAAAAUCCCUGCUCGUAUCGGCCUCGUGUUUGGAACGUGAACCGUCGGACUCUACGGCGCGCACAUGUCACAGAUUGGGCCUACUCUUUAACAGAUAGGAGUGGGCCUGUGGAUUUUGGGGGCCUAGAGCAACCCCUCCCCCCUCCCCAGGGCCGGGCCUGCGCACUCAGAAAUGGUUGUGGUAGGAAAUGGGUUGAAAGGAUGGAAAAGGAAAGAAAUAAAGGGCAAUGAAGCGAUAUGUCUGUACGUGUAGCUGUGGACUAUAAUACAGAGAGUAGGUUCCCUGAGCACAUGACGAGAUACUAUUCUUUGAAGUUAACAGCCAACGGAAUAUACACGGUGAAGUCGGCCUACAUACUACAGUUUCUAGGGGUAGAAACAACGAUCUUCAACUAGAUAAUCUAGAAGUAUUGGGCUUUGCUGAAAUGCAAAUUCCUCUCUUGGUUAAUCAUUCAGAAUAGAGUAUGGAUGACUGAUAGACUGCAGAAGAGAGGAUAGGCAAAUCGGCGGAUCUGCUCACUGGGUCACGCUUCACCGGAGACAGCUUUGCACUUGUUGGCAAGAUGUAUGGUUUUGAAUAGGAUCUAGGUGUAGAGAUGACAUUGGAUUGGUCCCAACCUAAGGACGCACGAGUGGAAUGACUGUGCAUCAGUGGAAGAGUACAUGGUGGUAUCGAUUCACCUGAAUACCACAUAACCCAAGAAAGCCUCUGCAGUCGGUGAUCAUUCUGGUCGCUUGGGAACUCUGCUAUCAGAGAAACGCUCGGGUCUUCCACCACAUCGCCACUACGCUAGCCACCAUCAUUGACAAGAUAAAGGAGGAGACACAUGCCUGGAUCAAGGUGGGAGUUGUCAAGCUCACAGAGAUCAUUCACUCGGGAGAAUAGUGCACCCGUGACCUAGUUUGGCGGACCACGGUUUUUGCCGAGGCUCUACAAAUAUUUUGUGCUUUGGUUUUUGCUCCUUCUCUAUCAAUAUAAAAAAAAGGCAAAGGUUUUACCUUCCUUUCAAAAUAAAUAGAGGACACGCACGCAGGUUAGAAAAAUGCGAACUUAAGAUGUGCACGUGCAUCGGACUCUUCCCGCUGAGACUUUGGUAACCUUCCUAUAGUGCACUAACCACCAACUUCAAUAACAACGAGGUCCCUCACACCUUCUUUCUUCGAUAUGGACAUGGCUUGAUUAGCGUAAACUUUCGGCGAGUACUCAUAUGUACUCUAAAAGCCCAAGUGGAAGCCACGUUUUGGAAGCUCAAGUCAUCUAGGGUGGGGGAUAGGGUGGUAGUGGGACGGGAUUUGGGGGGAGGGGGAGUGCAACACGGGAUUUUUCUUGGGCUUAGAGAGAUAGUACGGAAGAAAGUGACUCGGAUGGGUGGCAGACACAUGCAAGCGGUGAUGGCACUGUCGAUGAUGCAUGGUUGGAAGAUAGCAUGAGCAGUGGGAGUGGUGGAUUCGGUGAUGGAAGUUGUUGCUGCAAAUGUUAAUUGGAUCCGGAUUGAGAAAAGGAGGAAGGGUUAGGGGUAUUGCAUUAAUUUUUUAGAAAAGGAUGGCUAUGUAACAUGUGACAGAAUAACCAACGUCACCGUACGUGUUUUCUAGACCAUUACUUGGAUUCGGUUUGAGAGUCAUCCAACCCUCUUCAACCUAAGUUUCCUUACUCGCCAUCCUCCUUAUUCUAUUCAUGUGAUGCUUAUUCCCCAUUUCCCAAUAUCUCCGACUUCCUCCUUCACCGAUCGCUGCUAGCUACCACCGCCACCCCAUGCCAGCGCCCGGCCUUGUCGUCAUCGGUGAGACUUGCUGCUUGGCCUCCUCCUCCUCCAUCUUGUCCAAGUGGGCGUUGACGAAUUCCCCCGCUCCGCCGUCUUUCCCAUCUCCGGCAGCACCCCCACUGCCAGCCUCCAUAUCCCCGCAACUUCACUAGUGCCACUACCGACUCACCGUCCGUUCAUUCCAUCACCCACCAACAACAUCGUCCUCUAUGGGCCAAUGACUCCCCUUCUCUGAUCUUCUUCUGGUCCGUGUACCACCAUCUUGCCUGAGCUGGAGGAAAAGGACAUCAUGAAUCAUGAUGUGAAUCCAAUGCUGGAGGAUUCCACUGAAAUCCACCUCAUUUUUCCAUCAAAGUGAUAGCAAUUCCAUAAAAACAAUCCAACUAUCAAUAGUGUAUACUCCCUCCGUCCCAAAAAAAGACAAACCGGGGUUCCGGGGUACAACGUUUGACCGUCCGUCUUAUUUGAAAAAAUUAUGAAAAAAAUUAAAAAUAUAAGUCACGC